CAUCAAUCCGAGCCUCAAUCCUCAUGGCCCCUCGCCUCGAACACCGCAAGUCCAUCCGCGGCUGUCGCCGUUGCAAGGCCCGCAAGGUCAAGUGCAACGAGCAACACCCCCAAUGCUCCAGCUGCCAGCGCCACGGCGUUCCCUGCGAGUAUCCCCCCCUGGAGACACGCGCCUACACCCAGCCGCGGACCCUGCAGCGACGCUCACCACCACCAACACUCGCACGUGGCCUGCCAUCCCCUGAAGUGGCCCCUCUCAACACCACCGACCUGCGUCUCAUGCACCACUUCGUCACCGCCACAGCACGGACCAUGGGCACCGCCCACGUCCCCAAUGUCGGCGCCAUGUGGCAGGUCGCAGUCCCGGAAAUGGCCUUCGAGUACGAGCCCCUUCUGCACACAGUCCUGGCCGUCGCGGCCGCGCACCGCGCAUCCCUGAUCCCAUCCGAAGCCGACGCCCUCCGCCUCGUGCACCGCUCGCACAUCGACCGCGCCCUCCGCCAACACCGCACAGACAUCGCCCGCCUCAACGUCUCCACCAUCUCCGAGACCCUCUGCAUGAACACCAUCCUGCUAUCCAUGUACUCACUCAUGCUCCGCUCCGAGCCCUCCCCCUCCCCUCCCCCUCCCCAUCACAAUCACAACCCCAACCCCAACCCUACUCCCCCCCGAUCCUCUGGCUCAACAUGUCACGCGGCAUGCGCGCCGUGAUCGGCCUCGUCUACCACCGCCUCGUAGCGUCCAGCGCGCGCAUCUCCCCCCUCCUCGUCGCCCGGCCCAUCGUGCACGGCGACGUCGCCACCCAAACCGCCUACGCAGACCCCACCCGCCCCUUCGCCCACCUGCUCACAUGUAACCCCGACCCCGACAACGAGACCGCAGAGCUCAUGGCCGUUUACGAUCUGUGUGUCGCGUACCUCGAGAACAUGUAUAAGGGCGUGAAGAGCCACGAGUGUGUCUAUGAUAUCCGGAAACGGUUCUCGUCGUUUGCCCCCAUGGCGCCCCAAGCGUAUAUGGUUGCGUUGAUGCAGAAGAGGCCCCGCGCGUUGGCCAUCCUCGCGUAUUUGUUUGCGCUGGGAAAGGCCGCGGAGGAUAUUUGGUGGUUGAGGGGCAUUCCGGAGAGGGAGGUCAGGGGGAUUUAUGGUAUUUUGCCGGUCGAGUGGAGGGGGGUGUUGGAGUGGCCGGUGAGGGUU